ACGCAAACUGUUCAGUAAAUCUGACUGACGGAACCGAACAUGCAUAGUAGUAGAAACAUUAGCGAACAGCUGAUACAAUGGCGCCACUGGACCUGGAUAAAUACGCGGAGAUUGCCAAGCAGUGUAAAUAUUUACCUGAAAACGACCUCAAGAGGUUAUGUGAUUAUGUAUGUGACCUAUUGCUGGAGGAAUCCAAUGUCCAGCCUGUGUCCACCCCUGUGACUGUGUGUGGAGAUAUACAUGGACAGUUUUAUGAUCUGUGUGAACUCUUCAGAACCGGAGGACAGGUCCCAGACACAAACUAUAUUUUCAUGGGUGACUUUGUUGACCGGGGAUAUUACAGCUUGGAGACAUUCACAUACCUGCUGGUGUUAAAAGCCAAAUGGCCUGACCGCAUCACGCUUUUAAGAGGAAACCACGAAAGCAGACAAAUAACCCAAGUAUAUGGCUUUUAUGAUGAAUGCCAAACCAAAUAUGGAAAUGCCAAUGCCUGGCGCUACUGUACCAAAGUGUUUGAUAUGUUAACAGUUGCAGCGCUGAUGGAUGAGCAGAUUCUGUGUGUUCAUGGGGGCCUCUCCCCAGACAUAAAGACCCUGGACCAAAUCAGAACCAUUGAGCGGAACCAGGAGAUCCCCCACAAGGGAGCAUUCUGUGACCUUGUCUGGUCAGACCCCGAGGACGUCGACACCUGGGCCAUCAGCCCCAGGGGAGCUGGGUGGCUGUUUGGUGCAAAGGUCACCAAUGAGUUUGUUCACAUCAACAACUUGACGUUGAUCUGUCGGGCACAUCAACUAGUCCAUGAAGGUUACAAGUUCAUGUUUGAUGAGAAGCUGGUCACAGUCUGGUCAGCUCCUAACUACUGCUAUCGCUGUGGCAACAUUGCCUCCAUCAUGGUCUUCAAAGACGCCAAUACAAGGGAGCCCAAACUGUUCCGGGCGGUGCCCGACUCGGAGAGAGUCAUUCCACCCAGAACAACGACACCAUAUUUCCUGUAAACACUGCACUAACUAUCAUCAUCUUUGGCCGCACUGUUAUCAAGCACCACAUUUGUAAUGCAUCACAUACAGUGGAGCGACAACAACUCCCGUUGAAGUGACACUACUGAUUAUGUCAUUCAUAUUUUACCAGUGGAGGCUGCUGAGGGGAGGACGGCUCAUAAGAAUGGCUGGAAUGGAGCCAAUGGAAUGGUGUCAACCACAUGGAAACCACAUGUUUGAUACCAUUCCAUUGACUCCAUUCCAGCCAUUCUUAUGAGCCAUCGUCCCAUCAGUAGCCUCCACUGUAUUUUACUGUAGGCUACAGCACUGUGUGUUUUUGUGUCUGCUGUAGCUCUGUGUGCCAACACGUGUGUUCACACAGAAGUACUCUAUCAAGUAAUGCCACUACUCUGUUUCAAAUGUUUUAGGUGAUAGCAGUGUCAAUAUUUAAUGUUUUUAUCAAACACAUGUUAGAUUUAAUGAAUCAUGGUAGAUUACAAUAAGAACACGUGAAGUGAAACAGGAACACUUAUUUUAGCCACUUUACAGGGAGAGGUCACCGUUUCAGUUUGACUUCGGUCUUUUUGCAACCUAUUAGGAAUAUACUGUAGAAGAUGUUAUUUGUCAGAUGUUAGUUUUUAUUUUUGUAAUGUAUAUUUAUUGAAUUUCAUGCAUCGUGUAGAUAUAUAUACAGUAUAAAGCACUCAAAUUAGAAAUAUGUUUAAAUGAGAAUUUACUCAUGCACUUGACUUAGUUGUCUUAUGUAGUCUUAUAAUAAAGCUAUAAGCCUGAUAA